UCUAUAUUCCAGUUCGACUUGAUAGAACGAUGAAAUUCAUCCUGGUUUUGCUCGCAGCUGCUUGGGCCAUAUGUGUCGCCGACGCUCAGAAGUUUUGUAGUGCUGCAUGUCCUAAGAUUUUUGAUCCAGUUUGUGGCCAUAACGGACGAUGCUACAAACAGUUUAGCAAUAAUUGUAUAUUUGAUUAUGAGCAAUGUAUGCUGAAGAAGAACCAAUUACCUGAAUUUAAUCUUGUAAUCACUUCUAAAUGUGGCCCCGAAGAGAAGCCAAGAUGUUCUGAUAUUGCUGUUAAUAAUUUUGGGCCACAGCAAUAAAAAGCAUUUUAGGACAAUGCUGCCCUUUCUUUCAACUGUAAAUAGCAAAUGCAGUGGCUUUGCUACAAUACCAAAUGAAUUAACUAAAUUAAAUUAAAUUAAAUGAGGCGGCCAUUUCAACUUAUUAGCUAAGAAA